UCACGCUCUCUUUGACGUCAUGUUUGAAGGGCUUCGCGGGAGUUAUUGAGGAAGUGAUUCAGUAUCUGUUAUUGAAACGCGUCGUUUUCUCAUGAUGUGUGUUUUAUAACAGUGUUUUGUCGUUUAUCUCUGUCUAUUUAUUUAUAUAUUUAUUGAUUUGAACGGAAGUGAUGGAGUCUGCGGCAGCAGGUAAAGAUGUGAAUAAGAUGAGAAUUAGUCGAGCAGAAUACAAAUAUAUGAGCAGGUUUAUGGAGCAGCUCAGACCUACACGACAGUGCAUGAAGAUACUGAAGGUCCAGUUUCCAAAUCUUUCUCCGUCCACUCUUCUGAGCAUCUUCUCCCAGGAGUACCAGAAGAGAAUGAAGCGCAGCAUGGCGAGACAUCACGCUCCAGACGUGGUGAAGUGGUAUUACCAGAGGUACCGCAGUGAAGCUGAGACACGUCCUACUGCACCGCUUCUUCUGGAGCUGGCCAAUGAGGUGGAUCUGUCUCCUGCUCUUCUGGCUCGUAUGAUUGUGGAGUGUUUCGUGGAGGAACGUGAAGCUUCAGUCCCCUCCAGACACGUCAUCAACAACAUGUUACGGGAGCCAUGUUUCAUUCCAGAUCCACUGCUAGCAAAACAUGUGGAACAGUGCACAGUAAAUGACUGCUGUUACGGGCCGCUGGUGGACUGCAUCAAACAUGCCAUUGGUCUUGAACAUGAGGAGAUUCUUCGAGACGAGCUCAGAGAGAGAAAUCUGUCAUUCUUAGAUGAGAAUCAACUUCGUGCCAAAGGCUACGACAAAACCCCAGACAUUAUUCUGGAGGUGCCAAUAGCUGUUGAAGAUCAUAUCGUUCACUGGAUUGAAAGCAAAGCUUCAUUUGGGGAUGACCACAGCCAUCACACUUACCUGAAUGAGCAGUUCUGGAGUUACUGCAACAGCAGUAACAUUCAUCAUCCUAACAAUAGUGUGGCCAAAACACAAAGCUCAUAAUAAACUCUUGUCAGUGGAGUUCUGGGUAAUGAUGCUUUGCCUAUAAAGAUGAGAAUCAGUGGAGGAGAAAAGACGGUUCAGGCCCAGUGCUUGGAUCUGAUGCUAAAGACGCUGUUGGCUUCACCUUCCCAUCAAUCUUCUAACAGGCCCUCUGACGGAUCUGCACAUAAUUGAGUUAUCCAUCUACUUGGUUAUAGGUUGCAUUAAGAAUUAUUCACCUGAUGAUAGUGAAUAUUAAGCACAUUAAAUGACUUGUGUGUGCUUUAGUUGAAGUGGGUAAAUGUGUCCCGUAAUGAAGUGCAACUCUGGAUAGUUAAUGAGAUUUCAGAGCUUUAGAGAAGUUGUUUAUCAGUGAUGAAUGAAUGUGUGCCAUUCUAACUAAUCGUUUUAGCAUCAAUGUAAUUAAAUUCUUGGAUACCCGAUCUCUUUAAUAGUUUUUCCUUGGACUAGAGUGACAAAGUUUGGUCAUAUUCAUUAAUAGUGUAUUAUAUGUGUUUCUGUAAAUGUCAUUGUUGAAUUUUAAGAAGCAUUGAGGGACCUUCAUGUGUUUUAGCUAACAUGAAACUCGCUGAGGUUUUUCACAAUAGCUGCACACCCUAGUUUAAGAUGUUUAAGUUCUGUUAGUGUGUUUUUUUUUCAGCACAAGACUUGAAAGGUUUCUCUGUACUGCUCAUUUUUCAAAGCUGAAAAUGUUAGUGCUUCUAAUAGAGGCUCCUAAAGGUUAGAUCUGAUAAAAUGCUGUCAGGACUUGACAAAGAUGAUUUAUGGCCAAAUAAUACUGCAGUAUGGCUCAUUUCCCCCUGCGGUCAUACAGGGUUAAUACUCUCAGUUUUCUCAUAUAUAUUCUGUGGCUUGACCACUAGGAAAUUCCUGACCUGAUCAUUUGUGUUGUGGUUUUGUUUUUGUAGUUGCUGACAUUGACAAUAAUAUUAUACAUUUUAGAUUGGGUCAUGCAUUAGUUUUUAAAGAGCACGAGUAGAAUUGCUGACAUUAUUACACAAUACAUUGAUCACGUAUAUCUGUUCAUGAAUCGGUUGAAAUUUAAUGAAAUGAAAUUCACUUUAAAGAUUGAAUUUAUCCUUUUC